UAUUUUUAUUUUAUUUCGUUUUAUAGUAUAAUUUUUAUUAUUUUGCUUGAUGUCUCUGCCGGCUCCUUUCCCACCCGGAGCUGAAAUUCCUGAUCCUUCUUUUCCAGACCCGGCAGGAUCUGACCUCUGAGGGCUCCGGAGCCACGUCCUGACCCCGAGAGCCCCAAAACCACGGGAAAAUUUCGGGGAAGUCUCGAUCUGGUUUUUAUGCCUCCAGCUGCGCUCCCGGCCCCGUCCCCUGGGGAAGUUUUCUCCGGGAACGCAGAAUUCCCAAGGAAAAUGCCCCAAUUCCCGGCUGGAAUGUGAUGAGCAGGAGGAGGAGGAGGAUCCCCACGGGCCUUGCUGGAGCUGGGCAGGGGCGCCCCAAAUCCGGGGACUUCUCCUGCCGAGGUGACCCCAAAACACCGGGACCAGCCUGGGGGUGACCCCAAAACACCGGGACCGGCCUGGGGGUGACCCCAAAACACUUGGAGGUGUCCCCAAAUCCACGGGAUCAGUUUGGAAUCGUUCCCAAACUCCCCAGAUCAGUUCUGAGCUGUCCCCGGGGUCCCUUUGGCUCUGUCCCCAAACCCCAGGACCAGUUCCGAGCUGUCCCCAAACCCCAGAUCAGUUCUGAGCUGUCCCCGGGGUCCCUUUGGCUCUGUCCCCAAACCCUGGGGUCCCUCUGGCUCUGUCCCCAAACCCCAGGGUCAGUUCAGAGCUGUCCCCAAACCCCGGGGUCCCUCUGGCUCUGUCCCCAAACCCCAGGACCAAUUCAGAGCUGUCCCUGGGGUCCCUUUGUCUCCGUCCCCAGACCCCGGGGUCCCUGUGGCUCCAUCCCCUGUGCCCGUGCCGAUGAUGCUGAACUCGGAGCCGGCUGUCCCGGCGGUGCCCCCGGCGCGCCCCGAGCCCCAGCCCGCAGCGGGGCCGGGCACCGGGGCAGCGGGGCCGGGCUCGGGGGCAGCGGGGCCGGGCUCGGGGGCAGCGGGGCCGGGUUCUGGGGCAAUGGGGCCGGGUUCUGGGGCCGUGGGCCCGGCCGGGAAGGAGCCGCUGAGCCGGGAGGAGCGGCGGCGGCGGCGGCGCGCCACGGCCAAGUACCGCACGGCACACGCCACGCGCGAGCGCAUCCGCGUGGAGGCCUUCAACGUGGCCUUCGCGGAGCUGCGGCGCCUGCUGCCCACGCUGCCCCCCGACAAGAAACUCUCCAAGAUCGAGAUCCUGCGCCUGGCCAUCUGCUACAUCUCCUACCUGAACCACGUGCUGGACGUGUGAGGGUCCGUCUGUCCGUCCCUGUGUCCGUCCUGUGUCCAUCUGUCCAUCCCCAUGUCCGUGUGUCCAUCUGU